CUUUUUUCUUGUCUAUACACAGGCGAUGCUGAGAUGGGCCAGUUCACGGUCCCUAGUUCGCUCCUUUCAUUCUACCAGCCAUCGAAAAGACCCUUUUUCCGUGGUUGGCCCUCAACUUGCACAAGUUCACGAAAAUCUCGUUCGCUUACUGGGUUCUGCACAUCCGACGCUCCAUGACAUUGCAAAAUAUUACUUUCUCAAGCCGUCGAAACAGUUACGGCCUCUCAUAGUCCUACUAUUCUCUCAAGCUACCAAUGGUCUGGGAGAGAAUUGGCCGCAAAAGCACUGGGAAUCAGAAACACAAGGCAUAGCUCACUCUUCUGAAGGGUUGGACAAACCUCUUUCCAGGUCAGAUGUUCUAAAUGACUGGAAUCCUUAUAUACCCCGCCACACAGCCCGAUUCGACUCCACAUUUCGUCUCCAUAAUCCUCAGCCUUAUGUCCCACCACCUCCUUACCCCGAAGAGUUGUCAGCCAUUCUCGAACGAACAUUGACCUCGCCACCACAAAUUUUGCCUACUCAAGUUCGACUCGCUCAGAUAGUCGAAAUGAUACACGCCGCAUCCCUACUACACGACGACGUCAUUGAUGAAUCCGCUCUUCGUCGAGGGAGUCCUUCUGCUCCAGUAUCGUUCGGCAAUAAACUCUCCAUUUUGGGAGGGAACUUCAUACUGGGACGCGCCAGUGCUGCUCUCGCACGUUUGGGUGACCCAGAAGCCAUACAACUUAUUGCAAGUAUAGUUGCAAACCUGGUCGAGGGAGAAAUUCUUCAGAUGCAGGAAGCUCAUGGCGAGCAGCUCGGUGUUCUUCCGACACCAGAGAUGGUAAAAAAUGCAUGGACCAUCUAUCUACAGAAGACGUAUAUGAAAACCGCAAGCCUUAUGGCAAAAGGUGCCCGUGCUGCCACUUGUUUAGGUGGAUGCUCCGAGGGCGAGGUUUACAGGGAGGUCGCCUAUACUUACGGCAGAAAUUUGGGUAUUGCCUUCCAGGUUUCCCGUUCACUCUUCUUGUUGUGUUUCGAAAUAUACCAAUCGUUCAAUUGCAGCUCGUCGACGAUGUUCUGGACUAUGAUGCCGUAGAGGAUACCCUAGGUAAACCUGGAGGUGCUGAUUUACAGCUCGGUCUGGCUACCGGACCAGCCCUAUAUGCAUGGGAGGAACAUGCAGAGAUGGGACCGCUUAUUCAACGAAAGUUUAGCAACCCAGGCGACGUGGAACUGGCGCGGAACUUGGUCACAAGAUCGUCCGGUGUUGAACGCACUCGUGCCCUGGCAAUUGAUUACGCCAACCAGGCAAAAGGAGUCCUUGAACCAUUGCCCGACAGCGAGGCCAAAUCGGGGCUUGAAGCAUUGACUGAGCGCGUUAUAAAACGCAAGUCAUGACGUGCACAGACUUGUACUUACUCUGCCGUUUAUACCAAAGUAGAUUGCCAGCUAAUGAGGAUUGAGAAUAUGAGCGUC